CCCGACAUUAACGCCACCACCGUGAAAUUGCCAGGUCAGGGGCAUGUCCAUUUCCAGGCUGAGUCGGACGACCACUCCAUGUCGUUUGUGUUCAAGGUGGACGAAGACUGUCGUAUAGCCGAUGCGGACUCGAGACUCGUACUGGUGAGAGCCGCGAUAGCGAGGCUUCAGGAGAUAGAAGCAGCAUUGACGCUAAGUGUGGAGUGCAAGACGGCCAUAGACUCGCUAGCGCCUAUGUUUCCUGCGUCGAUAUCCAACCUACCUCCGGAGAUACUGGCCGAGGUCUUCACUCACACCCUUGCGCCUUGCCCAUACGUUGAGCCAUCUGUAUCUUGCUCCCCCAUAGUCCUCGUCAGGGUCUGUCGUCGUUGGCGAGACGUUGCCCUCGCCACGCCGCGGCUAUGGUCUUCAUUGCACGUAUCUCUCUCCAAGGUAUACCAGUCAUGCUGGACCGGGUACUCCCACUGGCUCAUGCGAGCUAAAGCUGCCCCAACAUCGCUACGUAUCUUGUGUGAUGUCGACCCGACAUCGCUGGAUCCUACGCAGCACACGCAACUCUCGUCUCGUCUGGAGCCACUCAUCUCUCGCUGUAGUAACGUAUGCCUCCAUGGCAUCCCUAUUGACGGCCUCUUGAGCCAUGUGCCGAAACUCACUCAUCUUGAACUCUCCGGCAGCCAGCGAAACGUGGCCCGAACCUCUUUUGCGGUUUCAAACAUUGUCCCACGUCUCACUAGCGCGUCGCUUCACUUCAUGGCCUAUGAAGUGGACGACCACCAGUCGCUCGCACGCUUCCAGCUACCCUGGAUGCAGCUUACAGAUCUGCGCGUUCACUUCAUCCUCCUCAGCAGCACCAUGUUUUUGACAAUCAUCGGCAUGUGCCCGUCCCUGACCGUACUCUGCGCUUCUUGUGUAUCUACAACGGAUGACGUCGAGUUGGGCCGACACGUGCACCGACACGGCGGCUUAGACGAGUGCAUCUCCCAUCCUACGCUACGUCAUUUGGAGAUGAAAGUUCUUCGUCCGCGGCUGGACGUGCUCUUCAGCGCGCUCGAGCUCCCCGCGCUUCGUAUUCUGGAUCUUUCUUUUUGUCUUAGAGAACGUGACAUCUGGCCACACGAGGAGUUUGCCGCUUUUGUGAGGCGGUCGGAAUGCACGCUAGAUACGCUCACCAUUCGGCAGAACAAGACCGCGCACCCAUUCAAGGAAGCGUAUGAGAGGCUUCUGUGCAAACACGUGGUCAUGCUCCCUCCUGCUUGA